CGUUGCGACCGCGCGAGAGGAGGUGUGUGUGCGCGCGCGUGAGAGUGAGGAGUGUGAGACGAGGGGCCCUUGAGGCGAAGAGGCGAUCACUCCCUCGCUCACGUGUCGCCUUUGUUGCUACGGCCUUCGCUUUUGGUGGGGACUUCGUGUGUGUGGAGGAGGAGCAGGUAUAUAAACUUGAGUGUAUGAAAUAGUAGUGAAAUGUUAUUAGAUAACUGGAUGUGGUGGGAGGACCAUGUCGAAAUAGAAGUCACUGUGUUUGUGCUGUGAUGUGCGAUGCGCGGAGCAGACAGAGGCUGCGGUAGUCACAGCUGCUCCGCUUGCAAGACUUUUGACGCCCUCAAGGCAGGCUUCUGGAGCACGGCCUGCUUCUUCUUUCCCAGGCCUGCCGAAGGCUCCUCGCAGCCUCUCCAGAGGAACCGCUGGUCCUCCAGGUCGGUCGGACACUACUCCAGGGCCUCGGGCAGGAUGGGCUCCACCAGGCCCAUGAAGAGUGGCGGCGGCUUCAUACACGGGGGCUUCAAGGCCGCCGCGCUUGUGCAUCGGUCGCCGCCCCGACCCGGGCUGACCCGUUCGCACACCACGCUGGACGCAGGCUGUGCCACCCCCUACUCCUCCGCCCACUCCCUGGCCCACUCUUCCUCUGGCCAUUCCUUGGCGCUCUCCUCCUCCAGCCACUCUCUGGCGCCGUCCGCCUCGUCCCACUCUCUGGCGUCGCCCUCGAUGACGGAACUGAUGCCGUCGCCGUCCACGCGCUCGCUCGCCUCGUCGUCGGCGUACUCGUCGCAGUCGUCGGCCACGCUCAGUCGCAGCUCGUCCAACCUGAGCCUCGGCUGGCGGGAGUUCCGGGCGCGGCGGAAGCCCUUCGCCGUGCUCUACGACGGGCAGAAGGCCCAGUCCCGCGGCGGCGUCGGAGAGGGGCUACUGCCAGCCCUGCGCCACCACGUGCUGGGAGAGAGGAAGGCCAGGGCUGCCCAGAACACCAAAGACUCAACCAAAGAAAGUUCCUCCCGCUCGACCAAAGACUCGGUGCUCGCCAAUGAGGCGGGCGUCGCCGCUCGCACCUUCACCAAAGCCACAACCAAAGCUCCUUCGGACGCGAAGGACCACAAGGACGCCAAAGGAUCCUUCCUUUCUAGCAUCACAAAAAACAAGCUCAAAGGACGCCGGGAUGACCUCCGACGCUUCACCACCAGUGUGCUGCCGGCGCACCUGCUCGGUCUUGCCAAGCACGCCGCCGCCAGGAACAACAGCAGCAACAACAACAACUCCACGACUGCCAACAACAAUAAAAACAACAAAGCCGCCGCUGGUCCGGCCGCCCCGCUAACGACGGCGGCCGCCCAGCACUUGCCCAACAAAGUGCAGCGCCUGGACGACGCGGGGCGAGAGGCAGGAGCAGCCAUGGGGCCUCCUCGAGUGUACAACCGAAGUGUUAGUCACUCGGCCAUGGCGAGCUCGCGCGACGGAAGGCGCUGCAGGCAGGGAACGCACAUGAGCCAGUCCCACGAAAACGUGUCACCUGCAGGCUUGGCCGGCGCUCGCGGGACGCCAACUUCGGGCAUGGCCCCGCCGAAGCCUCCUAGGACAUAUGCGAGCGAGGGCGCGACAACGCCUCGGGGAGGGCCCUGGCGAGCAUUUCCGAAAACCAGCCAACCCCCCAAGGGUCAUCGUGGAAGCGCCGCAAGAAGGUCCCGUCCGCAGCGCGACCAGUCCGCCCCCCGCCAAGCGUAGCUUCGUUCCCCUUGGCACCUCCCAGUCUUGCUCCGCCCUCAUUAAGCCGAAGCCCGCCCCUCGGACCGUCUUCCCCACCUUCACCACACCCAUUACUGGCUUUCGUUACCCGCGGCCGCGCCCUCUGCGCCGUCAGAACGACACUCCCCUUCAGGAGUCCCUUCCGCAAAUGUCGUCGACGCCCCUCGUGCUGCCGAGGAACCCGAGCCACCGUGAGGCGCCCAGGAACCUCUGCUCGGGGACAGGACUCGGCAGGACGUGACGCCCACGCCUUCGUCCGAGACGAUUUGCAAUGAAGACUCCUUCCUCGACGACUCCUACAUGAGCCACAAGUGCUACCUGUCCCCGUCCAGUGCGUACGACUCUCCUUGGGGUCGUACAACGGCCCCCCAGGUGGCCAGGAUUACAUCCCCUGGAUCACGACACCGCCCCACAGCGCCAUCAAGGCCUCGCAGUCGCUGGGGAAUCUUCACCUGGUGGAAGGCGACUGCGGAGGCCUUUUGCGGGGGCCCGGCCGCCUGCAGGCCGCUCACGAAGGCGCGU